AUGAUUUACGGCGAAAUCGCGAUGAUUUACGAUAUCGGCCUUAUAAUUCUCUCGGUAAGCAUCAUAAUUUUUGCAGUCACGCUUUGCGUACUCUGCAAAAAGAAAUCAGUAACCGGGGUAGAGGAGGAGGAGGAAGAAGAAGAAGAAACUGUUCGGGUUGCUAAGGUUUCCGCAACCGCAUACCCGUUAACGGAAAUCGACGCCGCCACAGACGGCUUCAACAGCCGCAGAAUCAUCGGAAAAGGGAGGCUGGGCACCGUCUACGUGGCGGUGAUGCGGCCGAAAGGAGAGCUGGUGGCGGUGAAGAGAAUCCACCCACGCCUUGUGUUGAAUAAUGCUGGAUUUGGCUUCUCUUCCAUACUAAAGUACCUCUCUUUAGCUGAUCAUCCGCACGUGGUUCCCAUCACAGGUGACUGA